AUGGAACUUCGCUGCUCAUCGGGGAGUGCGAUCGAACGCUGGCGAGCACUGGCCGGGCCGUCAAAGAUGUUGCGCACACUGCAGCCCCAGAAUCGUGAUUGUUUGCGAGCUCGUUACGCACUUUCCGACACACGCAAUUUGGUACAUGGUGCCGAUUCGGAGCAAACUGCCAUCUACGAAUUGAGUUUAUUUGCACCAUAUCCAAAACUUUGUCUGAAGAAUGUAAUACCGGAAAUUGUUUGUUGA